CUGUGUUGGGUGUGUCCGCGUAACUUUGUUCAAGUUCUUACAGCGCAGCGAACUCACACCGUUGUACAUUCCGGUCUGUCGCUCCGGGGAUUUACAUCUCUCCCAAUGGAUCUCUAUAACUUUAGGCUGCCUUUGCUAUUUUUAGCCGCAUUUGGAUGCUGUUGUGAUGGCAGCCCUCUACUGGACGAAGAAACGAACGGAGUUAUUGGUAAAAACGUAACGUUUAAAACCAAAGUUACCUCUGUGGAUUUUUUGACCGUAUCGUGGUCUUUCGACGGGGCUUCAACGACCAAGAUACCGAUCCUCACGAAUAUCCCUUCAACUAACAAAUUAAACAUCGACGAACGAUACAACAAGAGGAUCACCUAUAAUGCAACAACGUGUGCGCUCGAGCUCAGAGAUCUUGUGACGGAGGAUAGUGGGGAAUAUGGUCUCACUAUAGUCACCAGCGAUGGAGGACAACUAACAGGAAAGGUCAAACUCAAUGUGCUGGAGCCCGUAACAGAUGUCCAGAUUUCAUCCUCUCUUCCUGAACCUGUGGAGAUCAACAGCACUGUGGUUCUUACCUGCUCUGCCAAAGGCUCCUUCACUUACAGAUGGUUGAACGGUUCGAUCCCAGUGGUGGCGGACGGCACGCAUAUUAAGCUCAUGGGAAAUGAGCUGACGGUUAGCGAAGUAUGGCGGACAGAUCUGCGUGGACCUAUAUACUGCAUUGCUGAAAAUCCAUUAGAGUCUAAGAAAAGUCCUGCCUUCAAUCUGACUGUCAGCUAUGGUCCUGAAAAUAUUGUGAUGUACCAAACUCCAGUCGCACCUUACCUGAAGGAAGGCUCCAACGUAACGUUCACUUGUUCGGCUAAAUCUGACCCUCCUGCGCAGCUUCAGUGGAUGUUUAACGGGGAGGAGAUCUCCAAGCAGGCCAACCUGACCAUCACCAAUUUAAAGGGAUUAAACAGUGGCAACUACACCUGUGUGGCUUCCAAUGCCAAUACCAAACGCUACAUUGCAUCGAAGGUCUCUACAAUAUCUGUUUUGGAGCCCUUAAGUGGAACAAACAUCUCCAGUCCCUCGGCACCUCUCAUUGCUGGUAUCAGUCCGGUCAACCUCACCUGCACGGUGGCCGCCGGCAAAGCUGACAAGAUGGAAUGGUUUAAAGACGGCAAACCUUUGGCAACCAACACGAAAGUCACUCUCUCAUCAGACAUGAGAACUUUAUCCUUUGUUAAGGUUGAAAAGGAAGAUGCUGGCCUGUACAAGUGCCAAAUGACGAACAAAGUGAACUCGGAUCAGGCCAACUAUACAAUGGUGAUCAACUAUGGUCCAGCGAACGUGAAGGUGGCUGGAAAGAAUGCGGUGAAGUUCGAGGAGCCCAUCGAGAUGUCCUGCUCAGGCCAAUCCGUUCCUCCCAGCACUUACGCGUGGAAGCUCAACGAUUCAACGAUUGCGAACGCCACCAGGGAAAAGUACACUGUCGAAAAGGCCAGUCUGAAGGACGCCGGCACAUAUACCUGUGUGGCCCGCAACCCCCUCACCGGAGUGACCUUUAACACCACACACAAUCUCGCAGUGACAGAGCUCGGUACAGUAGAUAGUGGGCUGUCUGGGGGCGCCAUCGCUGGAAUUGUGAUCGGUGUCCUGGUGGCUGUGAUCAUCAUCGCUUGCUGUUUUUGUUGCAGGAAGAAACCAACAGAUGUUCCAUCGCCAUAUUAAUGCAACAUCUCAUGGCGUGAUGCGACCUGAAUCUUCAAGACCAGCCCUUCAGCAUACUAUCAGUCUUUCAUCUGCAGAAACCCUCCACCCAGGCAACUGGAAAAACUGCUCUUACGACAGCCGCAGGGUUGCCCAGUCGCAAAUCCAAAGAUGCAUGUUCAAAUCACAACCAUUUUGUAAAUAUCCCUCACCUUUGUUCUACCCUUACACGCCAUUACCUUGUGACAACUAACCCCAGUCUGAGCUAAAGGGGGGUAGGCUCAGAAACUGUUUACCUCACUGCAUUAUUCUCAACCUUAUCUGCAUUUUGACCUCCUCGCUUCCUUCCUUCUCCUGGCUGAAGCGGACACCUUCCUUUGUUCUUACUGAAACGUGAUCCAACCUCUUAGUCUUCGAGCCGACCCUAAAACGAUGGAUUGUCCUGGCCUGACAUCACAGAGGUCAGCCGCAAAAGACCUCGAAUCCACUCUGAAAUGCACUGAGGAUUGACGAGGCCGCUUUGUCGCGUGUUUGAGACCUAACGUGCUCAGAAGUCCCCUGGGCAAUGAAGGUGCGCGAGGCCGACAAACUUGAAGCCGAAGACGCCUCCGAGUCAUCCACAGAAGGUCAUUGGAACAUAAUGCGUGCCUUGAAGCUCAAACGAAUGAUUCAAGCUUCUCGACACCUUCGGCAGGUGUACAGUCGCCAUCCUUUUUAAUCCUCUAAAUCACAUUAUUUCAUUCUCGUAUCUCAGAGUAAGCCAUUCGGUAGGAUUCUGAGAGCGCAGCACGUUCCAACAUGCUCAAACUGAGGAGCAUGAAAAGAAACGCAUUUCUGCGGACAUUGACAUACCACAGUUGUGCGACAAAAUUGCUACCCUGUCCUCGGGCGUCUCCGCAAGGAUUCAGUCUGCUGGUAGUGGGAUUCAAAUGGAUUCACAUAUUAAAUCAGGCCUGUUUUCAAAGUCACUUUUUCCCGAGCUGUCACACCAAAUUGUCUGAAAUCUUUAAUGGGACACACUCAGUAUUUUUGGUAAUACUUGUAUUUUGUGUGCCGAUAUGUGAGAAAAUGUUGUUUUCUUUUUUUAAUGUUUAGUUUUUCCACUGUGUAUCUCAUCAGCAUCGUAUGUGAAUACACAAGGCCAUCGAAUUUAAGUUUAUUUACUAGUUACUGUUGCAAAUAAAAUGACAAAUUAAAAUUAGACUGGUUGUUUUGGCAAGUGACUGAAUGAUCCAGCAACUACAGAUGUAUGUCCAGCGCCCACUUACCUGCCUCUCAAUAUAAAAUACUGGCGAAUAUUCUGUGAACAGUCGUGAGCAUUCGUCCCAAAAAAACACACACCUAUUAUAUACAUCUGUUCUUUUUUUUCCUUUAAAGGCACAAGACGUUGAGCUUUAUAACUCCUCGCAAACCUGUAGACAGUUUUAUCUCCGUCAGCGGUCUGUGCCGUUUGCAUGGAGAGACCAGUAAUCAUAUGAGUCUGAGUAAGAAACACUGAAUUAGUGGUUAGUUUGUUCUGGCCACAUUGCUCAGACUGACGUCCUUGGGUUGGUCAAACUGAACCUGAUCAUUUUACAGAGAUUAAAUGGGAACAUCUUAUCAUUGCAUACUUUGUAACAACUUUGUAUUAAAUGUGAAAUAUGCUUAAUGUAUGCUAGAUAGAAUUUACAUAUUGGUUCAUGAAAAAUGCAGAAAUUUUUAUGGGAAAAUAUUUAAGGCAAAAAUAGUCUCGAACCAAACUGACACGCGUGGCAAAGGAUCAUGCAAUGGACACGUGCUUCAAAUUUCCAAUCCAAACAGCAUCCGUCAUUUGUGAAAUGUUCUCAGGUUGUGUACAGGUUGUUUAUAUUCUCACAAUAAACCAUGCAGCCCUGUUAUGUAAUCUCAAUGUUGCUUUCGAUGUAAUUUAUUUUUUGCCUUCAUGUUAUAUGUUAUUGACUCUGUUUUGAAAAGAAUGUUUAAACCACCCCGAUUUUUUGUUUUUCAUUGACUUAUGAGAAAAGUAAGGCCGUCCGCAGACUAGACGAUAACCGCCACGCCAUGUCUUGGGUCAGCUGUCACACAGCUAUCGCACACAGAAAAUUUGUUCUUUUAUUCUUUUUCAUGCCUUGUGUGCAAACCCCUUUAUAUUGAUAUUCUCUAUUGUGAUUGGAUUAUUGUCGUUGUGUUUUUUAUUUUGUGUAAAAGUGAAAAUUAAAUGGAAACAACAUA